GUACAAUUUAUGACUGUCUUACAAAAUACACUGAACAACUUAACACCAUCAAAAGAUCACUAAUUAAAAUGCUUAGACCUGCAGUUUAUGUUAUUUGGAUUUUUGGUAAGCUAUAAUUACUCUGAUAAUACAUUCAGACCUCAUAAAUCAGGAUUGUCUUUGUAAUCUUCCUUGUUACCAUGCAAGGUUCAUUCUCAAGAGACUGUUCCAGUACCAAGCUGCUGCCGAAGCUGGGGUCUUCCAAGCAAAUCCCUAUGGCCCCUUCCCACCUGACAUACUGCCGCCCGUCAUGCUCCCCCCAUUUGUAAUGGACAAGACCAAGGCACCAAAGGUCAAGGCUAAGAGAGCAGCGGCAAAACCAAAGGCUGAGAAGGAGCCAAAGUCUUCGACAGCAGCAGCAACAGCUGCAGCGGCAAAAGCUCAGAAGGCUGCAGCAGAUGGCGCAGCCAAAGAAGGGGCAAAAGAGAAAGAGAAACCUGCAAAACAAGAAAAGAAGAAGCCCGCAAAACCAAAGAAACCAAAAGCACAAUCUGAAAACUCUACACCUGUCGCUGCUGCUACUGCUGCCGCGGCAGCACCGAAAGCUGCUGUUGCAGGGGCUAACCAAGGAACUCCUCCAGUGAAACCCAAGAGAAAGAAGCCAGGCACAGCCAUCAAGAGGAAAGUGCAGCCCAUCACAGUGGAUGCUAAAGGUAAACCCAUAUUUCCUAUUGUCCUGGGAGGUCUUACAGUCCACAGUCUUGGUGAGAUUGUUCACGACAGACCUGGUUUCCACUCGGAGCGUUACAUUUGGCCUGUUGGUUAUUGCAGCUCCAGGACUUACCCCAGCAUGAGGAAUCCAGAGAUGAAGUGUAUUUAUACCUGCAAGAUUCUAGACGGAGGGUUUGGACCUCAGUUUGAGAUGUGCCCUGAAGACGACCCAGAUCAUCCAAUCGUUGCAUCCUCUGCCACUGCUUGUCACUGCGUGGUCCUCAAGGCGGUCAAUAAGGCCAGAGGUAGGGAUGCUUCCAAUACUGGUUCGGGUCCAGAGUUUUUCGGUUUCUCUCAUCCAACCAUUCAGUACUUGAUUCAAAGCUUACCCGGGGCACGAAAAUGUACCAAAUACCAGUGGGUCAAGUUUGAAUUGCCUAAACCACAAAACAAACCAGGUAAAUCAACGACUACAGACCCAUCGGGUGUCGCUCAGGGGAUCCCCGCCGCUGUUGAUGAGGAUUCUAUUGCUAGCUUGGAGGAAGAAGAAGAACACUUGCCACCAGCGAUGCCGACACCUACUCCGACGCCGACGUUUCAUCCCUCGGCUCCGAUGGAUCACGAUGAAGAAAUGUUUAAAGAUACAGACAUGGGACCGCUGACUCUAGCAUCUACCUUCACUCCUAUGUCGUCUCCAGGCCUCUGCAGUCCUAGUCCCGACACACAGCUUGAUGGGUUAGAACACGAUAACGAAAUGGAUACCGGAAUGAAUCCGCUGAUGUCACCCACGCAAUCUGCCUUCCCGACAUCGCUUUCGGGCAUACCACUGUCUCCGACUGCCGCUGGACAAAGUUCGUUCGUAUUGCCGCCCACUUCGCCACUAUUCGGGAACAGCUCGGGUUUUCCGGGAACGGGGAUUCCGGACUCGCCUCCAAAAUAAAAUCGCAUGCGAUGCAUUUGUAAAGGAACUUCACUGGCGUUCUUGGGAUCUUGUUUGGACAUCCUCUGGUAUGUGCUAGUCGCCGUUUGUUGCGUCUUAAUCUUUACUGAAGACGUCUUAUUGUAGUGGAACAAUAUGGACUAGCAUUGCGAAUGUCUACGGUUAGCACUCAGGUUAUAAGGGGUAGGCAGGGAAGCCAGGACCCCCCGUGAUUUGCCGUGGAAUGGAGGUUCAACGAAACCGCGACUCUUGUCGUUUAAACUAUGAUGGCGGGAGACUUUCGACCUGGGAACCGAAAGCUGAAAAUUAUUGGAGCAAAAUAGUGAAACAGAAACUUUGUUUUGGUCAGGAUUCAGGGAGAAAUUGGCAAUCAAUGACAUGGUCGCUUCGUGACGUGUUCGUCGCUGGUUUAAACUGAAACGAACAGUUUUAAAGCAACUAGGUUAUGUUGAAGUCAUUCAGCAACAGACACAGCUUGCGUUCCUUGCAACUUUUGUGCGUUUUAUGGUCGAUGGACGUUAAGCUAACAGAAAAAAGCAAUUUCAGAUACCGGACAAAUGUUUCAUCUCGGUGUAGCUAAAACCCAGUGUUCUUUUCCACGUAAGAAUGUGCAAGAUGAAUACAAGAUGCAAAGUAUAUUUGAUAUGUCUAAAAUUUGAAACAGACAAGCAAAACAUAGUACACAUGCGUAUCUUUUGGUCUGACUGAAAGAACAUACACGAACUCUGGUAAAGUUCAACUUGUUAAUUCUGGAAUUACUUGUUGACAGUAUGAAAUCGGUUAUUAAAACAUUUUAU